GAAAAAAAUCAAGAAAGUAACAAUAAAUGGAAGAAAAAGUAUAAGGACAUCUUACAUGAUCUUGGAGCAAACUUGUCAGAGAGUUCAAAAAAGCAUGAAGAGGUGGAUACUUUAUGGAGAGAAUAUAUAGAAUUAUUUAUUAGUGAUAGAAUUAAUCCUUGUG